AUGGCCAGCGUACGGCCAACCCGUCUUCCACCCCCCUCCAGGGCCGGCGUCCGACCCGUCGAGCGCCUCGCCAGUCUGAAAAAUCCAACCCCAACUCCUAUCCGACGCCCGCAGACCAAGCCCACCACCUAUCCAAAGACCACCACCUGCCCGAACCCCGGCUGUCCAGCUCCGAACAUCGUCGAGGAUGACGGCCAGAAGGUGUGCUCCGGCUGCGGUACCGUCAUCAGCGAAGCAAAUAUAGUUUCCGAAAUCACUUUCGGAGAGUCCUCGUCCGGUGCCGCCGUGGUCCAGGGUACAUUCAUAGGGGCGGACCAGAGUCAUGGCCGCAGUACAGGCCCUGGAUUCCAGCGUGGUGGAGGAGUAGAGUCUCGAGAGAUCACAGAGCAAAAUGGAAAUCGAUACAUCGCACAGCUGUCUCGAGCUUUAAACAUCCCCGAAAGUGCUUCCAAGGCGGCAGGACAGGUGUUCAAGCUCGCAGUUGGCCUAAACUUCAUCCAGGGCCGACGAACCAAGACCGUGGCCGCGAUCUGUCUGUAUGUGGCAUGCAGGCGGCAGGACGGAAACACUAUUAUGCUGAUUGAUUUCGCCGACGUUUUGAUGAUCAAUGUCUUCAAACUCGGCCGAACCUACAAGGCCCUCCUUGACGAAUUGCGUCUGGGUGGAAAUAUCUUCAUCAUGAACCCCAUAGAUCCCGAAAGCCUGAUUUAUCGAUUCGCAAAGCAACUUGAAUUCGGCUCUUCGAUGAUGCAGGUCGCGAGCGAGGCCGUUCGCAUCGUUCAGAGAAUGAAUCGCGACUGGAUGAUAACAGGGCGACGGCCCGCCGGUAUCUGCGGAGCUGCUUUAAUUCUCGCCGCGCGCAUGAACAACUUUCGACGCACCGUCCGCGAAGUCGUCUACGUCGUCAAGGUCACCGAGUUGACCAUCCACCAGCGUUUGAAUGAAUUCAAGGCUACCGAAAGUGGAGACCUUACAGUAGAUCAAUUCCGCUCCGUGGACUUGGAAACCUCUCACGAUCCACCGUCCUUCAGCCACUCAAAGGACCCUCGAAGGCUCAACAACAAGGGAAAGAAGCGAAAGGCACCAGAAACUGCUGCCGAAAUCGAAGAUGGGGAGGAGCCGGAUCAGUCACCACCGGCUUCAAAACGGCCUCGUCGCGUUGAUGCCGAUGGCUUCGCCGUUCCCGAUAUUCCUAUCGACCCGGCGAUCUUAGGGCUGGAAAUGCAAGAUCCUCUCUCAUCUACAGACGGCAACGCCACUGCGGAGAGCAACUCUGGCGUCGCUGGAGUAGUAGAGAAGUCCACCAAUCAGCGCAAAGGCAGCAAAAGGGCACGACUCCCCGAACCCACUGAAGCUGAACUGGCCUCGGAAUCCGCUCUUGAAGACGAGAUGACCGCCCUCCUUUCUUCUGGUUCUUCGUUAGUUGCGAGUGCAGAGGCACCCCGGACUGCCUCUGCCUCCUCCUCUAAAGGACAAAUCGUUCCCGACAAGCGACCCAAUAAACCAGUUCCUGAUAGCGAAGAAAUCGACCCCACCGAGUUCGACUCGGACCCGGAGGUUCGAUAUUGCCUGCUUUCACCGGCAGAAGUAGAGAUCAAAGAACGCAUCUGGGUGCAUGAAAAUAAAGACUAUCUCCGUGCACAGCAGGCCAAGGCCCUCAAACGUGCUUUGACGGCUGCAGACCCGUCGGCUUCAGGCGCUGGCCACAAACCGCGAAAACGCCGAAAGGGUCGCAUGGGCGAUGUCACGUAUCUGACCGGGGAAGGCGGCGAUGGUGACAGAGCGUCAUCACGCGCGUCCACCCCGGCAGAGGCAACCAGGCUGAUGCUCGAGAGAAGAGGGUUCAGCAAGAAGAUCAACUAUUCGUUGCUGGAAAAGAUGUACGAAGACGACGACAUCGAAGUGAAGCGCCGAGACAGCGAGGCCGAGAGUGCUCGAAGUCGGAGCCGCAGCCAGAGCGUCGCUCGAAGCGUGCGGAGUUCCAGCGUUGCGUCGGACCGUGGGUUCGGUGGCUUGGGCAGCAUCAGGCCUUCGGCGCGAAGGAGGAUGCUUAAGGGUAAACACGCUGCCGGCGUCGCCGCGAGAGCGAGUGCUACUCCCGAGCCGAGCAGGAGACCAGUGCCCACGCUGUCGGCGACGAGGAUCACACCUGCUCCUCCCAGCCAGACAGAACCAGAACCAGAACCGGAGCCUGAGCCUGAGCCCGCGCAGCCAGCGAAUCCUAACGAGGAGAUUCUGGGCUACAUUCCCGAAGCGGAACCCAGGGCGCAUCCCGUGCCGGGCGAUGAGGAUGAUUAUGAUGAGGAUGAGGAUGAGGAUGAAGACGAGGAUGACGAUGACGAUCGCAUCGAAGCUGCAUUUGCAGGCAACUAUUACGAUGAGGGAAGUGAUGGAGGAUAUGAUGACGACUAUUAG